GUUGGGCACCCCUCUCUGGCUCUCUCCCGCUCCCCCUCCCCCUUAUUUAUUUUCUUGCGUGUUUCCGCUACGCUAAUCGCCCCAUCGAACCAUUUCUAGUUAAGCUUGGCCGGGCUUCCGCUCCCGAUCUUCCCUGUUCUAAUUUUCUGCGCUUUAUCUCCAGGUUAUCCUUCUUCCAGGCGCUUUCCUCACACCCCCAUCGCCGCCGAAAUUCCCGACCUUUUCUAGCGGCAAAACCGUUGAGUGCGGCGGCGGCGACCGCCGACCGAGCCAAAGAAUCCAAGGAUUUCCUUCUGGCGAGCUAGGCCUUCUCCUGGGGCCGUUUCUUGGGAGCCAUAUUUGGUUCCGGAUCCAUGCCGGCCGACCACAUCUUGGGCCCCCCUUUCCCCGCCUAGUAUUAUUGUCCUCGCGAGGGUUUCUUGGUUCCUCGGAGGCCCUCCCAAGUUCUUGCCAAUCUGGGCAAUCUGGCCCCAACCCCGGGGUGCGGCUGUGUUAGGGUUCGGGGGGCUGGAUGGGGUCGGCCGGGAAUGUUGUGGAGAUCAGCUCCGACGAGGAGGACGUUCCCAUGCCCAGGAAGCCGGCUGCCGACUGGCUUGGGAAGCUUUUGAACGAUGAUGAGCCAGAUGAGGACGACUUAUUUGAUCUCGUGGUGAUGGGUGAGUUCUCCCCGCCACAAAAGAAGGGCAACCCCGGUGGCGGUGAUGAGGAUGAUGAUGAUGAUUGUGUGGUUCUAGACGGUGACCCUGAUAAGGUGAUUACCAUCGGGGAGGACAAGGGGAGUGCGGGAGAUAGCAGCUCGGACGAAUUGCAGAUAGUUGGGGAGAAAGGACCGGUAGCGUGCAGGGACUUCCCUCAUUCGCGCCAUCUAUGUUCUAACUUGCCCUUCAACGCUACUUCUCAUGUGAAGCAUUGUAGCAUGUGCCACUGUUUUGUAUGCGAUGCUCCAGCUCCAUGUAAUUAUUGGGGUAAAGGUAUCCAGCUUAACGAUCAUUGUCAUGCUACGGAUAAGGAAUCAAAGUGGAAACAGCUGCGGCAAGCAUUCAAGUCCAAUAAUCUUCCGGCAUCUCGUCCAGAACAAUGCCAGAAUGCCAUCUACCCAACAAUGGCAUCAUCCAUUAAUAAGGAUAUACAGUGUCAAGUCUCAUCUUUUCCAAACAAAAGUUCACUUCUGCAUGUCAUGAGCCAAAACCAACAAAGGCACACUUCAGUUAGAGUCUCACUGAAUGUAGGACGAACUAUUAGUACACCAAGAGCAUCCCUUGCGACAAAACUGGGGAGAAGUACAAACAAUGUCCACACUGCUCAAAACAUCCAUUCACGUGGAAACUUCAAAAGAGCAGGGACAGCUUCUCCAGCUCACACAAUCCGAAAUGCUAAUCAAUUUGGUUCUACUGCUUCAGUCAGUAUUCCGUCCCUUAUGAACAAUGCAUUGCCACAUGUAUCACAGCCAGUUCAAGCUAUACCAGCAACUAAUACUCCGCAUGUGUCUCAGCAAGUUCAGCCUAUACAAAGAACCAAUCUUUCCAGUCGUACUGUUAAGAAAAAUGCCCCUCACAGAUCUCUCAGUGCGCCAAUAGCAUCGCAGGGGCAACAAGGUCAGCCGGCACCAUCUUGUCAGGUCACCUCAAAUGGACUGCAUGGCGUAGGACCUCAACUUUCCCGGUGCACCUCGCUUAUGGAUCAGAGAAGACAAUUCCUGCCAGAACCAGUAAUCGAUGUUUCCACACAAAGCUGGCAAGACAUACUUGCUAGUGUGGCAUCUGAUCUGGGAGUAUUAGAUGAUUCUGCUUACAAUACCAGUACAUCACAGUCCCAUCAGCCUGUGAGGACUUCCUCCCAACUUCUAGAUGCCGGUACGAACCAAGGGGAGGAGGGUCUUCACGCGGAGUCUGUUGCGUCAUCCAUAAACCUGAUGACUUCUAAUGGGCAUGGCUUGCCCAUUCAUACAACAGGUGGUGGUACCCAGACAAAUGCUCCUAACCAAACUUUGCAUCCUAUGGAUUAUGGUAGCAGUCUUGAUCCAGAUGAAGCUCACCUUGAUGGUUUUUUGAGCCCCCCUGCAGAUGAAUUAUUGUUAGAAGCUGCUCAUCAAAGGGACUCUUCCGGAUUGGAUUCUACAGGCCUUAUAUUUGACUUUGAGCUCGACGAAUGGACAUAAGAAGCACUCUCAGAGCCAGAGGCUGUCCCGUCUUUUGCAUUUGGCGGACCUCGUGGAUAAUAAAACCGGUGAUGUUACUACUAGCUGGUCCGUAGGGUUUUCUUCACAUGAGAGGUGAAGAUGUUCCUUGUACAGUAACUAGGUUGUGUGGUGGAUAUAUUUUGUUUAGAUGGGUUGGUUUUUAACCUAUCGGUACUACAGGUCUUUUUAUUAGAAGGCCUUAGAUGGUAAGUAACCGGUAUCGUUCUUUCGUAAGUAGAAGAGCAGAAUUUCCACUCCCUAGCUGUUGGUCAUAUUUCUAUGGGCCAUGUUAUAUUCUAGUGCCAAAAAUGCGUGCUUGUGAUA